UGAGUUUUCCGCCACCACUUGCGCCACAAAACGGUCACUUUGAAGCGCGGGAAAGAAGUCAGCUGUCACCACGAAAUUUGUGAGAAAAGAAGCGGAAUAAUUGUGAUAAAUAAACUCAAAAUAGCGACAGACAAUUGCACAAACCUGAUUUAUGUUAUAACCAAAACAAAUUACUAGCAUUCCACUACAAAUAUCAAGUGUUUGCCGAGCGUUUAACAGGUGGAUUUUGCAAAGACACGCAAUUCCCCAGGCGGGCAAAAGCAGAACCGCUGACAAAAAAGCGCGCCGAAGAAGGAAUCUUGAAAAACUCGGUCUACGCUCUGCAAUCCUCGAGGUACAGUCAUGGCCAAGGUGCACAUCACCAAUGUGGUAGUGCUGGACAACCCGAGCAGCUUCUUCAACCCCUUUCAGUUCGAGCUGACGUUCGAGUGCAUUGAGGAGCUGAAGGAGGAUCUAGAGUGGAAGAUGAUCUACGUAGGCUCGGCAGAGUCCGAGGAGCACGACCAAGUGCUGGACACCAUAUACGUGGGACCUGUGCCCGAGGGGCGACACAUCUUUGUUUUCCAGGCGGAUCCGCCAGACGUCAGCAAAAUCCCGGAACCAGAUGCGGUGGGCGUCACCAUUGUCCUGCUAACCUGCUCCUACCGCGGCCAGGAAUUUGUCCGUGUGGGCUACUAUGUGAACAACGACUACGCGGACCCGGAGAUGCGCGAGAACCCGCCAACGAAGCCUCUCUUCGACAAGCUGACGCGCAACAUCCUGGCCAGCAAGCCGCGCGUCACCCGCUUCAAGAUCAAUUGGGAUUACGGGCACAUCAACGGAAAUGGAAACGGCGUGGAGAACGGCCAUGAAGAUGAAAUGGUCACCGAUGGACCGUCCACAUCGGAGGUGGCUUCAGUUGUUGUCCAUCCCGAAGACGACAACAGUCUGGCCAUGCCCAUCGAGAACGGGAUUAAGGCCUUGAACGAGAACUCCAACUCACUGGCCAUGGAAUGUUGAGAGCUGCCGGCAGUCCAAACAAUGACCACACCAACACACUGUCUCUCCCCUCAAACCAACGUGGGCUACAAUGGAUAACUUGCGGGGUAUCCCGAUUCGGACGCUCUUAGCAGUUCUCAUCCUCGUCCCCCUAUUUACUUCUAAGUAAUUAAUAACUAAUGCAAAAAUAUAUGUAUACAUUAAAUUAUUUCUUAAACUAUCAAUUUUCUUAGCUAUGUAUGUAUAACUUUUUUCUGAAUGCAUAUGAGUGCGCACAUAUUUGCAUUUGAAGAUGACUAUUACCUUUUUGUCAAAGUUAAGUUAACCCUGUUUAAUAACAAUUAACCAUAUCUUGACAGAAACUCCGUUUUCAAUAAUUGCACUUUUUUUUGUACAGCAUUGAUUUAAUGACUGAGUAGAAAAUGUGGCAAAGGACCUUAUAACAAUUAGUCAUGUUCUUGAAAGAAACGUUGUUUUCAAUAAUUGCAUUUUGUAGAGAAUUGAUUUAUUGCCUGAAUGAUUUGAAUAUUGUUUAAAAAAGUUAUGUAAAAAAUGGGAAAUUAAACCACAUUAGGAGGGAAAUAUAAGAUUAUCAGAACAGUA